GCAAGUUUGCAGCCGGGAGGGGUCAGUGCCCCAGGCCUGCAGCGGCCGGCAGCCACGGCGAGAUUGGUCUGUGAUAGGCAAUCCACCCAGCUUUAAUUUCGCUAUUUUUUGUUUCAGCUGCUUGUUUCCUGGUCAUGGCGAAAGCGUCAAAUAAUCUCGCCCGCAGCGGCCCUUUUUUCUCGUUGCGGGCCGUUGCCGGGGGGUGUGUGACGAACCUCCCCCCAAACCUUGGGAUUUCCGGGCGUCUUUAUUGGCGCAAAAUCGAUCCAAAAUGCCAGAAGCUUUGGGCGGUGGGGGCCUGGCGAGCUAGAGCAAGUGCGAAAGUCACGCUAAGCGCAAUAUACUGGACGCGCGCUAGUCUGGAUCGCGAGUAUAAAACCCCCGGGGCAUUUCCCUAAGCGUUUCUAAAAAUUUUCUCUACACCACAACCAAACCUCGACUCUUCACACCCAUCAAAAAACACAACCCAAACAAUGUCCACUGUUGCUGAGCAGAUCAACGCUGUCCGCGCCAACAUCCGUCGCCGCGACCCCGACCAGAAGGAGUUCCUUCAGGCGGUCGAGGAGGUCUUCGAGUCCCUCGCCCCCGUCUUCGAGAAGGACCCGCAGUACCUCGAGGCCUUCGAGCGCCUGGUUGAGCCCGAGCGCCAGAUCGUCUUCCGUGUCCCCUGGAUUGAUGACGCCGGCAAGCAGCAGGUCAACCGCGGCUUCCGUGUCCAGAUGAGCUCUGCCCUGGGCCCCUACAAGGGUGGUCUGCGCUUCCACCCGACUGUCAACCUGUCGGUCAUCAAGUUCCUGGCCUUCGAGCAGACCUUCAAGAACUCGCUCACCACCCUCAUGAUGGGUGCCGGUAAGGGUGGCUCCGACUUCGACCCCCGUGGCCGCUCCGACCGUGAGGUCAUGGCCUUCUGCCAGUCCUUCAUGACCGAGCUCCACCGCCACAUCGGCUCGGACACCGAUGUGCCUGCCGGUGACAUCAACGUCGGCGCCCGCGAGAUCGGCUUCCUGUUUGGCCAGUACAAGCGCCUUGCCAACAACUUCACUGGUGUCCUCACCGGUAAGGACCUCGCCUGGGGUGGCUCGCUGAUCCGCCCGGAGGCCACUGGCUACGGCUGCGUCUACUUUGCGCAGAACUACCUUGCCCACAAGGGCGAGGCCUUCGAGGGCAAGCGCUGCAUUGUGUCGGGCUCCGGCAACGUCGCGCAGUACACUGCUGAGAAGCUCCUGCAGCUUGGUGCUGUCCCCAUCACCUUCUCCGACUCGAACGGCUACAUCCUCGAGCCCAACGGCUUCACCCAGGAGCAGAUUGACCACGUCAAGGAGCUGAAGAACGUCAAGCGCGUCCGCAUCUCCGAGUACUGCGCCUUCUCGUCCACUGCCCAGUACUUUGCUGGCAAGAAGCCGUGGGAGGUUGCUGCCGACUACGCCUUCCCCUCGGCCACCCAGAACGAGAUUGACGAGGAGGACGCCAAGGUCUUGGCUGCCAACGGUGUCAAGGGUGUCUUUGAGGGCGCCAACAUGCCGUCCACCAACGAGGCCAUCGAGGUCUACAAGAGCGCCGGCUUCAUGUUCGGUCCUGCCAAGGCUGCCAACGCCGGUGGUGUCGCUGUCUCUGGCCUCGAGAUGGCCCAGAACUCGCAGCGCCUGCAGUGGACCCGCCAGGAGGUCGACGACAAGCUCGAGAAGAUCAUGAAGGACAUCUUCAACAACUCGCUUGUCGCUGCCGAGCGCUACGGCCUCAAGGGCGACAUCCAGGCUGGUGCCAACAUUGCUGGCUUCAUCAAGGUUGCCGACUCGAUGAUCAGCCAGGGCUGCGUCUAAGUUUCCUUCUCCCCGACCAAACCUUGUCCAUUUAGCAAACUUUAAUCUCCCAGUUUUGUACCAAAAAAUACUCGCAUUCCAAAAAUCAAGAUCAAAAAAUAGCGCAGCUG